AUGCAUAGGUACGAUGAUUUCUUACUAAGAAAAGGGAUGCUAUCCGUGAAAAAUCCAUCCGUAGGAUUCGCAUGCCGGAACUGCCUCAUCAAUGUGGCCCAAAAUGUUGUUAAGCUUUCUGAUUUUGGCUUAUCCAAACAAGCUGAGAAAUAUAAUAUUCCGGAGAACGAAAAAUUGUCACUCAACUGGUAUGUUACAAGGACCACUUUUACGUCACUUUCUCAAGGCUUCUCACUAAUACAGGCAAGCUCCCGAGGUUAUCUUGACCAGAGUCUCAGCAAAUGUGAUGUAGUUUUUAUGGCAUACUUAUUUUGGGAAUAUCCAUAA